AUGUCGCUCUUCGCCGCGUGCUGCUCUGAGAUUCGAUCCGGGAAACAACAACAACAUCAACGCGACGAGGACAUUUUGGACACUUCUAACGGGGAAAAUAUCCGCGUGAUGUUGGAAACCACCACCGUUACAAAAGUCGACGUUCCUCGCGCGCUCUUUGGAAUGAACGCGCAAUUCUUCAGCGGACAGAUCGAUUACGCGCACCCAAAGUUACCGGGAAUAUCCGUGGACGAAUUAGGGUGCUCGGUGAUUCGAUGGCCCGGUGGCACGAACGCGAACGCGUACAAUGUUUUCGAGGAAAAGUUGGACGAUGAGAAGAUGACUGGUGUCGAUGGGAAGGAGAUUGACGUGGAAGAGUGCGCGCAGAAGAGGAAAUAUAAAGCCACGAACGAGAACAUCGCGCGGUCGAAAACUUCGGGGAAGUACAAGGUGAAAGACUUUGGGAUAUUUUACGAGCGAUGCAAAGGGAGAAUGCGCGUCUCGCUCGUGUUGAACGUGUGUACGAGAGACGAGACGCACACGAGAGCGGUGUGCGAACGUUUGAAGCAGGAAAACGUUGACGUGGCGUUUUGCGAAAUCGGGAAUGAGGUGUACUUUCCCGCAUACGCACCGUAUAUUGAUACUGUUGAAGAAUACGCCGAGAGAUGCGAUAAACACUCGAAAAUGGUCAAGUUUUUUUAUCCAAAGUGUAAGAUUGGGGUCGUGGCGAGCAGCGCUUUUUGGUCUAACGAAAGCUUUUUAGACGACGAUAACGCGGUGAAGAACAAUAAAAACAAAGGAGCGGAGGGUGCGGGAAGGAAGGCGACUUGGAAUGCUAAACUUGCAAAGAUAUUAGCGAGAAAGUCAGAGACGUUCUCGUAUGAUGCGGUAAUUAUACACAUGUACGGGAGUCCCGGGCGUCACGGUUCGCAGUUUUUCCCGACUGAACUCGAGUUUUACGCGCAUUCGUUGAGUCACUUGGAGUUGCAAUUCGCGAAAACGAUGCAGAAUUUGGUCGAUACGUUCGGUAACGAUAAGAAAGUCUGGGUUACGGAAUUCGGAGUUGGUGGCUUCGAUAGUCAAGAGAUUCGCAAACAUCCGUUUAAGAAAUCCUACCUGGCGGCGUUGUUGGUGAUGGAAUUUUUAAGACGAUUGAGCGCGUUUGAGUGCGUGGAAAUGGCCAACAUGCAUUCCUUAAAUCAAAUGAUUGAUCUCGAGAAACGGAAAGGGAACGCAAAAUCGGGUGAGUAUCACGACGUUGGGAUUAAACGAACCGUGUUCAGUCACGCGUUGGCUUUCUUUAAAGAUUUGAGCGAAACGUCGUCAUCGGCGUGCGCUUUGAAAAGAAGCGAGCUUUCUAUUAUCGGUGCAUCGAGGAAGACGAUAUCGAGUGGGAAGUAUGCACCUUGUACGCAUAAUCACACGCACGCGACGUUAUUCGAGAGCGAUAAAAGCGAUGUGAUUCUAAUUAUGAACUUGUUUGAUACGGAGCAGAAAAUACGAGACUUGAAAAAGCCUACAUCUACGGAGACAUUUAGCGCAGGGAAGGACGGCGUUCAUGGCGACAGCGCGAAAAUAAUCAAACGCGAUAUUAAAGACGAGGAGAGAGUGAGUAUCGAGCAGAGCUUCGUAGUCGCUCCGUUUAGCGCGGUGAAGUUAUAUUACGCGCCAGGAACGUUUGCAGACCACUCACAAUAA